AUGAGGAGCAUCAACCUUGCCCUGAGCCUCUUCGUAGCCACCUGCGUCUGCAAGCUGCAUCUGCCAUCUCAGGCGAGGCAUGCAGCUCCCUGUUGCCGCUAUGGUCGAACGUCUGCCCUGCGCGUGCUGCGGUUGCAAGGGGGUACAGUGAGCGACGAGGACGCGGAAUAUCCAUCCCUUGCUGCUGCGAAGGAGAGAUUGAUCAAGGAGAUGAACGAAAAGGGAGACAGUGAAGACGCAUACUCCGACGAGGAGAUCCUUCCAGACAGGAGCGCUAUCUCCGACUGGAGUUUCACGCAUGGGAGCGGGGAGGGCCCCUGGGAGGAGAGAGAGUUUGUGAGUCUACACAAUGUCAAGACCGGGGCGACGAUCGAGUUGUUGAGGGACGCAGGGCACAUGUCGUUCUCGUUUCAGUGCAGCAAGAAGGGAGAAGUUCGUUCAUACCUGGGCAACGACGCUGGUUUUGUGUUCACACCGUCCCUGAGUGCAAGGAACCUCGUGGUUGAUGGCAAGGUGAAGAGAGUCCCGAUACUGGAUGUGCAGGGCUUCGAGGAGGACGGACGGAUGACGUUCGGGUCGUGGAUCUUCGAGCUGGAAGCGGAUGAUACGGAGAAAAGGUGGAGGAACAUCGUGGUGCGGAACACAGGGGGCUCCCCCGAGGACGAGAUGUUCCUACGGCCCGAAGGCUUCGUCUUCACUUCCGCCAGGUCGCUGAAAGCGAUGGUGGUGGAGUACUCUAGGAUAGAGUGGGUGUCUUUGGGGACUAUGGCAGAGUACCUCCUCCAAGAUGACCUGAUGUUUGACCGCCAAGUUGAGAGCGAGGAGGAGGAGGAGGGGGCAGGGGAAGAGGAGAGAAACGAGAUUGCAGACUUGCUCCAAGAAGGAAGGUCGGGGCUGAGAGGAUACGACGGGGAGCUGGAGCCUCUGCACGAGGUUGUGGAGAGAGAGAACGAGAAGAUGCAGGCAGAGCCCGACAACCUGAAACCGUCUGGGAAUAAGCUGCUGGAAGAAGCGUUCCCGUGGAUCAAGGAGGGGAUGGAGGAGGAAAAGGAGGAAAAUCCUGAGAUGGACUACAAUAAGUUCGGCGAUUAUUUCUCUCAGCCUUCAGCUACCUACCUCCAUCCAAUCAAGGGUAGCCAGCCCCUCUACCAAACGAACUACCACGACCCGACGACGAUGACUCAGUUCCGAUAUGAAAACGUCUCUCUGCAAGAGCUCGUGGACAUGAAGCUACGCGAGAGGGAGAAGGAGAGGGAGACGUGGAAGCGCUCGACAAGCUUGCUCGCAGGGCACGCCGAGAACGAGAAGGCUGCGACCGACAUGCUUGUCAACCACUUCAAUGCCACCCUUGAUCAGCUGGUGUACGUGCUGGAGCUCGUCGACCACAGGCUGGUGGGAGACAUUGUGGAAGGGUUCAACCUGCUGGAGCGAAGGAGGCAAGCAUACUUGGAGUACGACGAUGACGACAUCGACCAGACGCUCCUGGGCGUCGGGAAGUUCAACGAGCUCUGUCAGAGCCUUGACCCUGAUUACAUGAAGAAGCUGCAGCUGAGAAUCAACGCCUCCCAUGAGGCUCUGCCAGCCAAGUGGUCAGAGCUGAACGAGACUGCAGUCUGGAAGAAGUCGGCGGUGGACGUGGCCCCCUACGCGUAUCACUCAGGUCUGAUCAUCAGCAAUGAGCAGCUGGUGGAAUGGGAGAAGAGGCGCAGGGAGAGGGAUCAGAAGCUCUCAACUUCGCUGCUCCAACAGGCUGCGGCAUUCCUACGAGCAGACGAGAAGGCCAAUGACGUUCUGCCGUUAAAAGAUGUAGACGAUAGCAAACUGAUGCUGCAAGAGACUCAUUAUCCCAGCGAGCUCAACCUGACAGUCGUAGGCGGUAAGGACGUGCAGCAGCAGUCGAGCUUGUUCUCUCAGAAAGUCAACAACUCGAUGACUAGCCUUGCGAUCCAAGGACGGCUGGACACGCAGGUGAAGCUCAUGCAGGCGCUGGUUGAGGAGUCGCACAAGAACAGGAGGCUCGCAGCUCGAAAGCAAAAGAUCGAUCUAGAACAUGUGAACAUGAUCGAGUCGCUACGGCCUGCCAAGAAUGGGACAGAGGAGGAGGAGGAGGAGGAGGAGGUCGAUCUUUCUGCAUUAGACAAUGAGAUCGAGCGACUAGAAAACGAGCUUCAAUCGUUGCGCAUGGACUCAGCUGAAACCAGUGACUCAUUCCAGAUCAAAACCAAGAAAGUUCAGCCCAAGGAAAAGAUUUCUUUAGGCCACAAAGUUUCAGAUGUCGAUCCCUUGGUGGAGCUUAAGAAGAAGAUUGACAAGACGAAAAUGAAAGGAGACGACUUGAGCUUGCAGAAGAUUCUUGGGAAAGAAAAGAAACAAUCUGGAAGUCUGCCAAACAUCAACGACCUGCUCAAAGGGAUGAAAUCCAAGCCUUCGAACACUUCUGGGCAUAUUUGGACUCCUGACGUCAUCCAAAAGUUGUUUGCAAAUGCCACUAAUGCUACUAGCGACGCUGAAAUCGGUAACUUCGCACCAGUCGUUCCUUACUUGCUUGUGUCCGUUGUUCUUGAUGCUUGCCGAAUAUGUUUUUUAUUCUGGCUGUUGGUUCUUUCCGUGUUUUUUAAGUUUCCUACUCUUAAGUUUCCUCCAUAUAUGACCAUGAUGCAUCUAGACGCCAAAAUUGCUUUGGACCAAGCAUUGAAGAAUGCGAUGGGAAUGCUUGAAUCGAUUUCAAGUCGACCCACCUCCGUCAUUUCAAAUAAUUCCAUCAAACCCGAAUGGCUACAGCCUGCCGAUCUCACUGGUCUGCAAGACAGUGACAAUGAAACCGUUGGGGAGGGGGGAGACGAGGAGCAAGAAUGGGACGGGGACUUGCUAUGGACGAUGGGCAAGCAAGAAGAUCCAGACGUGAACGACGAGUUCCCUCCCCCUCAUUUUCAACAUGGCGGUACUGCUGGCGGGACUGCAGCAGGUCUUGACAGGACGGACGAGCCGAUGGAUGCGCAUGGGGACGAGAUUGUGAAAAUGCCCAAGGGUUCAGGCUCAGCAGAAGACGACUGGGUAAGCUCCAUGACUGCGCAGGAGGUCUGGGACAUCGUUCAGGGAAGAGGACAAGGAGGAGAUGGGUACACUGUCCUUCGGAACCGGAUCUACGGCACAGUCAUCGAGUUGUACCAUGAUAGCGAUGAUGGGUUUUUCCGCUUCCUUCCAGGCGCUGCUAUGCCCCGUGAUCGGACCGAGAAGGGGGAGCCGAUGUGGAGGGUGAAGUGCCAGGACAAGGGAGGACAGACACUGACUAUCUCAACAGGGGGAGUUUACAAGAACCAUCUUCACCUGUGGGGAGACUUCUGGCCCCGCGUCUGCUUCAUGGCCCACAUGCUGGUUCGUUUGAUCAUAGAGAUCAAGGAUCGAUCCAAGGUUCGCUACCCCUACGACAAGAGCACAGCAGCCGGGCUCUGGACAAUCAGUCCUCAAGGUGCCGUCAUGAAGGUCUCGUGGUCGUUGGACGCCCAUCGGUCGAUCCCUCACAAGGCGCGAGGGCUGCUGUUCCUCACCCCCGACGGGUUCAUCUUCUUCGGCGAGAGAAGCAUAGUGCAUGUGUGUCGUGGUGAGGAGCCCAGGAGGAUGCCAAGAUACGCGUUACAGACCCCCUUCGAGCUGACAGCAGCAGGGCAGAAGUACUUCGAGCAUGAGCUGGAGAGUCGUCUGGAUUGGUAUCUCAACGACGACGAGGCUGAGCAGCUCACGAUCUGCUGUAAAGAGGGAGGAGGCAAAGAGCUUGUGAGGCUGAAGAGGAGACCCGAGUCGAUCCGACCAGUCAGACGAUUCAAUUCCCACAUCGACGCGUACGAGCAAACUCCCAUCAACAUUUCCCACCUCUAG